AUGUACCCUGAAGGUACUACGCAUUUGAGCAAAUCCCAAUGCAUCCCGAGUGGAUCCAACCCCCCUGAUCCUCAGAAUGAUCUUGCCUUGUUUGUUAUGCUGACGCUGGUUACUUAUCAAACCUGCACAAGAAAAACGAGGUCGGCUUCAGAGCUUGCUUGCGCCUACGCCACUCUGAUCCUCCCUGACGAAGGCAUCCCCGUCACUGCCGAGAAGAUUGCAACCUUGGUGAAAGCUGCCAAUGUCCCUGUCGAGUCUUACUGGCCCGGCCUCUUCGCCAAGCUUUCCGGGAAGAGAAACAUUGAGGAUCUUGUCCUGAAUGCUGGCUCUGGCGGUGCAGUUUCCAUCGCUGCCCCAGGUGUUGCCGAAGCUGCAGCCCCUGCUGCUGCUGCUCCUCCGCCACCAGAGGAGAAAAAGAAGGAAGAACCCAAGGAAGAAAGUGACGACGAGGGACUAUUCAAUUUGUUCGAUUAGGAGCUCCUUU